ACGCCGAAGCCGCGACAGACCGCUGCUGAAGAAACUGUGCCGUGGUCUCAUCAGGCUGCAAAAUGGGCUUCGGUCUGAAUUUAUCGUUGAUGGCUUCAUCGAGAAUGACAAAAGAUCAGCUGAGGGAUGCUUUGAUCGAAGUUGGUGUCAAAACUCCAGUGAAAGCUAAGAAAGCAGACCUCGUCAAGCUCUACAGAGAACACGUACUCAACGAGAAAAUCGAAGAGGUCACAGCGAACGACUCCCUCAUCGGAGGUUUCAGUUCAGACGAGGAAGAGUCCGUGCUGCUGGACACUUCACACAUCAAUCGGGAGACAGAUCUCAAAAAUUUGACGAAUGACGAACUCUUCUACAAGCUGAAGGAACUGGGAGAGACUGUGGGCCCGAUUCUCGAUUCGACCCGAUCGAUCUACGAGAAGAGACUCAGUCGAGUGCUGAAUGACGAUGACGCGAAGGACAUCUCAGCUUUUUCCGCCGAUGAGGGAGAUGAUGAGAAAGAAAAGGAAACCGACACUACCGACGAGUACGAAUCGCACAACGAGCAUUUCAAAGGAGCUGGGUACGACGAGAAGAUUUUGAGUGACGGUGGGAAUCUGAAGACUUUGAACACUUUCCAAGAGAAGGUUGAGGAAAACAAUGGUACCGUAACUCGGAUUCGCAAAGCUCACAGCGUGAAGACCUACACGAGUGAAACAGUCAAUGGGAAAUCGUUCGUUCCCCCGCCCCCGAAGAAGCGGAACUACGCUCUGAUCGGUGGUAGUAUCGUUUUCAUCGCCGUGAUCAUCGCGGUGAUUCUCGUCUGGCUCAAAUUCGGGGACGUGGUGCCCAAAUUUCAAGAUGCAGUUGUAGGAAAAGACUCAGCGCAGCCGGUGCGAACCUAGACAGGCCGUUGUCUCAAAAAUAUCGAGAGCGAAAUUCAUCGCCGAGCACUACCUAUUCAUAUCGAGCAAGCAAUAUGGCACCACAUUAAGCUAACCAAGAGUCUUCAGUGUUCACAAUCCUCAUUAAAACACAAGCACCUUUGACGUACCGCGCUAGAUUCUGACUCGGUAGAUAUUUUUGUUCGAAACAAGCCCUUGUCGCAUCACAUAAUCACCUUAUUUCGUAGCGAGGAAGCCGACCGGAGCGGUGAAGGAACAUCUGUCGAAUGUGACCCGGGGAUUCCGAGUAUUGUUUAGUAGAAAAAGUCUCCAACAAAAUGUACUUGAUCGAAUGUUCCGAUUUGUGCAACGUGUCGUCUAUUCUCAACCUUCGACCAAAAUCGCUCCCUGAAGAUUCUACGAUUCUGUGAAUAGAUGGAAUGGAUUUUUAAAUGAAUAAAAAAAUACACAUCCCAAAACCCACCAA